GGGGCUCUUGGCUUUUAUAGAGGUGUGGCUUCAUGAAAAAAACGUGUCAGACGUCAGAUAUGUUUAGUAAACUGAGACACUGCGUGGCCUAUUUCACAUCGAAAAUGCUGAGAAGAAAGUUUCGAACUGUUGCUUUGGUAUUGACUGCCUUGUUAACAACUUACGUGUGUGCUUUUCUACUGAGCAACCCUUCCAAUGCUCCAACUUCGCUUCCUAGUCGGUCUAGACCAAGAGACGAUUGCAAAACUUGGAAAGAAUCUCCACAGCACAAAACGACCUUGAAAACAAAGACAUCAUGUGCAAGGAACUAUUUCCUUCUCGUCUUGGUCUCAUCUGCACCUGCAAAUCAAGAUAGAAGAAAUCUAAUUCGUCAAACCUGGGGUACUGAUGACAACGUGCCACCAAUGUGGAAGACAUACUUCCUUAUUGCACAAACAGAGAAUCAAACACAUUCAGGUUUGGUCAAAAAAGAGGACGAAGCCUACGGAGACUUAAUUCGCGCGGACUAUUACGAGAAUUACUGGAAACAGAGUUUUAAGAUAAUGAUGGCCUUUGAGUGGGCAUCGAGAUAUUGUAAGUUUUCUUAUAUUAUGAAAGCAGACGACGACAUCCUAGUUAAUACGGCUGAUUUGAUUAAAUUUUUAUUAAAGAAAUCAACUCCAGAAAAGAACCUUUUCCUGGGACGACUUCACCAUAAUCCAGCUGUACGUCGAGAAGGUAAAUGGAAAGUCAGUUACGAAGAGUACAACCAUACUCAUUAUCCAGAUUUCUGUAGUGGGGCUGGCUUUGUAAUGACUUAUGACGUUAUCGAGUGCAUUGUUCCCCUGUUUGAUGUGAUUAAGCCUUAUAGGAUGGACGAUGUUUAUGUCGGUAUGCUUGCUCAUGCCAUUGGUGUGAUUGCAGUGGAUCAUAGAGGGUUCUUUAUGCCGUUUGAUGGUUAUGACGACUGUAAUUUUGUCCCAAACGUUCUUGCACAGCACCGAGCGACUGGACAGUGUUUAACCAAAUUGCUUAAUAUACAUAAGAACCGUAAAGAUUUCCUCUUUAGUAGAAAGCUUGGAACUUUCUUUUAAUUUGAUAUUUCACACUUGACUUAACUUUGUUUACCUCCAUAUCUGAAUGAUAUUGGCGUGGUCUAGUGAAAAUUUUACCACAAUUGGAAGUUAUGUCGCAACCUGAUUGGCCAAUAGGCCAUUAUCGAUAAGAGUACAGACAACGCUACUUGCGUCAACGUGUCACGCAAUGACCACGUACUGAAUGAAUCGUUUCAAUUUAGGUCGAUAUUGUGGUAAAAAAAAACAAAACAAAACAAAACAAAAACGAGUGGUUUGGCGAGGUUUGUACUUUUAUCCACAACGAUAUUCGGCAUCUCAGUGGUCAUAAAAUGUUGCUGACUCAUCAGGUUUGCGCCUCGUGAGUCCACAACAUUUUGACCACUUCCAAGACAACUUUAAUUAAAACUGGUAAACAGACUCGGGAAUAAAUUAAUACUCUGAGGAGAGAGGGGCCAGAGAUAAAAUAAAUCAGGAUCUGCUUAAAAUACGGAACUGGUGCUUUAAUAACCAGCUACUUUUGAACCUAGACAAGACGAAACUAAUGAUCUUUGGAAGCAGACAAAACAUUGAAAAAGUGAAUGAUAAUUUUAAUCUGUCCCUUUUCGGGAAAGAUCUUGUACCUGCAACAAUCGCUAAAGACCUCGGUGUAAUUAUGGAUCCAAACUUAACUUUCG